CUUCCCCUUCUCUUAACAAACCAACCACCACAUCCACAUGCAUAUCUCUCCUCCUCUCUUUCUUUUUGACUUUUCUCUUCUUCUUCUUCUUCUUCUUCCUCCUAAUAAUUUCUCCUUCUCAUCCCCUCCCUAAUAUCUCUAACCCUCAGGCCCACCAUGACCACCAACCAAUCCCAGCCCCAACUCAACCAACUCAAAGACAUAUUCAUGCGGUUCGACAUGGAUUCCGAUGGCAGCCUCACGCACCUUGAGCUCGCCGCUCUCUUGCGCUCCUUGGGCCUCAAGCCGAGCGGUGACCAACUCCACAUUUUGCUACACAACAUGGAUGCUAACGGGAAUGGCUUUGUCGAGUUCGAUGAAUUGGUCAAUGCCAUUAUGCCCGACAUGAGCGAGCAGGUUUUGAUCAACCAGGCGCAGUUGUUGGAGGUUUUCCGAUCAUUUGACCGGGACGGCAAUGGAUUCAUUACCGCGGCUGAGCUUGCAGGGUCCAUGUCCAAGAUGGGGCAUCCCUUGACGUACCGUGAACUUACGGAGAUGAUGAGAGAGGCCGAUACCGAUGGAGAUGGCGUCAUAAGUUUCAACGAGUUUGCAAACAUCAUGGCAAAAUCGGCUGCGGAUUUUCUUGGCAUUAAAGUCAAUUAAUUGAUUCAUCGUCCGGAUCCCAUGUUGCAUCAUUAGUCUUUUUGUUUCUGUGAAUACAUGUAGCUAUUUAUGUCAACGAGGAUGAUUGGUAGGAAUUGUGUUCAUGGUUUGAUGAUUUACGUGAUUCUUCCAACCCAAUUGACUUGAAAUUAGUUUCAA